AACUCUGUUUUUAGUUCACAAUAAAAUAUCAAGUAUUUCCUCCUAAAAUUAACACAUAACUAAAUGCAGGCAACAUAUCCAGUAAACUGUACUUGCACCUGACACAGCGGAGGUCUGCUCAGGAGUGAAGCUCAAGUGAGAGCACCGCAGGGGUGGAUAAUAAAACUUGCACUGAUUAGCAUGUCACACAUAUGCAAUGUUCUGUCUGGCCCAUUAGGAAGCUUCCUGAUGUAACGCAGAUCCUGUUGUCCGAAUGCUGAGAUCAGCAUCUGGCCAUCACUUUGGCAGCCGUGCAAUGGCGGGGAGCCUUGGGUUACUAUGACAAUGAGAUAAGCCACGCCUGGGACUCUACGUACUCAGAUGGGAAGAAGCAAACUAUCCCAGGUUGUGUAACAAUAUAAGAUGGGCUCGAGACUCUACAUACUCGGAUGGGAGAGGCAAACUAUCCUGGCUUACAAUAACAAAGUCUUCUCAUGCCCUGUAGGCAGUCAUAUAAAUAAGACUGAUAAGCCAUCACUUUUCUAACCAAGAUCCUCACAGACAGAGACAUGUAAUGGGGGUGACUAGGUGUUUGAUAUUUUUGCUGUCUUUUCAGCUCCUGAAUGUGGCAAAAGGUUCGAUGGUAUGGCUAAAUGAGAACGGCUAUGAGGAUUUGGUUGUUGCAAUUGAUCCCCAGGUGCCAGAAGAUGCCAACAUCAUCCUGAACACGAUGAAUAUGAUUAAAAACGCUUCUAAUUACUUGUUUGGAAUGACAGAACAUCGAUUUUACUUCAAGUCUGUAAAAAUUAUAAUUCCUAAAACGUGGAAGAAAGACACCAAGUAUUCAAGAUUAAAAACAGAAUCAUAUGAUAAGGCAGAUGUCAUCAUAGCAGACCAUUAUAUGAAACAUGUAGAUGAUCCUUAUACCUUACGAUAUGGAGGAUGUAAGGAGAAAGGACAAUACAUCCAUUUCACACCUAACUUCCUGUUAAAUGACAGUUUGACUAAAGUUUAUGGAGAAAAAGGUCGAGUUUUUGUCCACGAAUGGGCUCAUUUGCGGUGGGGGGUGUUCGAUGAAUAUAAUAAUGAUGUGCCUUUUUAUGUGUCUAAAAAUUCUAAAAAUGCAAGUGUUGAAGCAACAAGCUGUCCAGCUAGUGUGACUGGCAGACCUAUUUUUCAAGAGUGCAGCGGAGACAAGUGUGAGACAAGAGACUGUAGAUACGAUGGCCAGUUAUAUGAAAAAGGAUGUGAAUUUAUUGCAGAUAUACAACAAAAUGUCUCAUGUUCUGUUAUGUGGAUGCAAAGCAUACGUCCUGUGGUUGAAUUUUGUGAUGAAAACACUCACAAUAUUGAGGCUCCAAAUAUGCAGAAUAAGAUAUGCAACUACAAAAGCACGUGGGAAGUAAUUAUGGAAUCUGAUGACUUUCGCAACUCAGCUGUUCUAAAUGCUCCUGCACCUCCCUCUGAGACUACCUUCACACUACUGCAGACCCAAGGCACAGCAUUUGCCUUAGUACUGGAUGUUUCUAGAAGCAUGUUAGUGCAUAACCGCAUCCGACAUCUCUAUAGCGCUGCAGAGGAUUUUCUGCUCAGUUAUAUUGAAAUCACUUCCUGGGUUGCAAUUGUCACAUUUUCCUCUAACGCAUCUGAAAAAGCUCCUUUGCAACAAAUAACCAAUGAUGCAGCACGCCAAAAACUUGUUCAGUAUUUGCCAACAUCUGCUGAGGGAACAACCAAUAUUUGUGCAGGCAUACGUAAAGGACUUGAGUUAAUUGCAGAUAAAAUGACUACUACAUAUGGUUCAGGAAUCUUGUUACUGACAGAUGGAGAGGACUCACAUAUGGCAGAUUGCCUUGAUUUGGUGAAACAAAGUGGGGCAAAAAUUCACACCAUUGCACUGGGGCCAGAGGCAGCCAAAGAAUUAGAAGAAUUUUCAAAACUAACAGGAGGUUUCAUGCUUUUUGCUCCAGACGGAGCCACCCCCAGUAAAUUAUCCAUGGUAUUCAGUGCAAUUACAUCAAGGAGUGGAGAUAUUUCUAAACAAUCUAUUCAGAUUGAAAACAAAGAGCUAGUUGUUCAGCAUUCUGGAUGGAUGAAUGUGACUGUGCCUGUUGACAGAACUGUGGGAAAUAACACAUUCUUCAGCAUUUCAUGGAGUCAAUCUCAGCCUUUUUUUUUCCUGAGGGACCCCAAAGGAAGAGAAUAUGGAAGCUUAGACUUUACAAUCAAUAAUUUAAACCAAGCAACAUCUAGACUCAGUAUAAAUGGCACUGCAGAGGUGGGUGACUGGCAGUUUUGUAUUAAAAAUGUUCAUACAGCAAGUCAAAGUAUAUCAGUAACAGCUGCCUCUCGACCAGCAUCUUCGGGUGUUCCUCCUGUGAGGGCUGCAGUUCUCGUUAGCAGGGCAAAUAGCACAUUUAAUGCAGUUGUUAUUUAUGCAGAGGUUAGCCAAGGGUUUUUGCCUGUUCUUGGUGCAACUGUGAUAGCCACCAUAGAGAAGGAUGGUGCUGCAGCAGCAACCCUUGAACUUCGUGAUAACGGAGCAGGUGCUGACACGAUAAAGAAUGAUGGAAUUUACUCAAGCUACUUUACUACUUUACAAGGCGCUGGAAGAUACAGUGUAAAAGUGAAUGCCCGUGGGAGUAAAAGAGCCAGAUUUGGCCUCAGGCAAAAUCGAGCAUUGUAUUUACCAGGCUACAGAGAACACGGUAAAAUUUAUAUGAAUGCACCAAGACCUGAAAUUACUGAUAAAGAAAUCCGAGCGAAGCUGGGAAGUUUCAGCAGAAUUUCAGUAAGUUCCCUUGUAGUGAAGACAACAGAAGAUUCUGCUCCUAUUUAUCCACCCUGUAAAAUUACAGACCUUCGUGCUCGUAUAGAAAACAAAACAAUAGUCUUGUCUUGGACAGCUCCAGGAGGUGACUUAGAUAAUGGAAAAGCUGAUCACUACAUAAUAAAAAGCAGUGAAAAUCUUCUGGACCUAAGAAAUCGCUUUGAUUCUGCUACUUCUGUGGAUUGCUCUAAUCUCUUACCAAAGGAGGCUGGUAGAGAAGAAUCAUUUAAAAUUGAACCAGAACAUUCUGUAAUACAAAAUGGGACCAUAAUUUACUUUGCUAUACGUGCUGUUGAUGAUAUCAACUUGAUUUCAGAGGUGUCUAAUAUAGCACAAGCCACAUGGUUCAUUCCUCCAAAAGCAUCUGUGCCUUUAAAUUAUGAUAGCAACACGGACAGUGCUAACAGUACAGUAACAGUGGUGCCUUUAAAUUAUGACGGCAACAAUGAUAGCACUAACAGUACAGUAACAGCAGCAAUAGUAGCUCUGAGUGUAGCAGUUGUCUGUACUAUUGUAAGUUCAACUCUGUAUGUUUCACGAAAGAAAAGGGGAAGCGAGGAUGUUCCAGGGUCUGUUUAUAUCCGACAGUACAGUGCUGUAAAAGGUUAUUUCUUCUUUUUGGACGUGCCUGAAGAUCAGGCAGCCGCGAUCGGCUCCGGAGAGGCAGGCCGGGACGCGCCGCCGCAGCCGUCAGCCCUGGAGCGCGCCGAUAACGGCCAGCGCUCCCUGAGGCGGGGCGCGUGCCGCGACCCCGGCGGACCCGCUGCCCCCUCACGGCGGCGCGAGGAGGGGUGGGGCCGAGGCCGGGGCGGGCACCGCCGCCGCUCCACCGGUCGAUCCGGGCUCUGCCGCUGA